AUGCAAGAUCAAGCUUCUUUUGCUAUUCAAAGGCUUACAGAAGAGCGUUCAAGAUGGCGUAAAGACCAUCCUGCAGGCUUCAUUGCUCGUCCUAUCAAGCAGAGAAAUGGAAAUCUCGAUCUUUUUAACUGGGAAUGCUUAAUUCCUGGUCCAGAAAAAAGCCUUUGGGAAGGUGGAUUUUAUAGAUUGCUCUUAUCAUUCCCAACAUCAUACCCAAUCAACGCUCCUAUUGCAAAAUUCGACCCAAUCGUUCCUCAUGUGAAUGUAUUUCCAUCAGGAAAGGUUUGCUUAUCAAUUCUUACAGAUGGAUGGAAACCAUCUAUCAACCUUAGACAGAUUCUUGUAGGAAUUCAAAAACUUUUGAUUGAGCCAAAUCCAGAGAGCCCUGCACAUCAAGUUAACUACGAUAACUACAUGAUGAACAGGCCAUUAUACGAUGCAAACAUUAAAGAAUGCGCUAAGAUGCAUACAAAGAAUACUUUAGAUUAA